UGUCCAGAACGACUCAACUUGUUGCAGCACCUCGUCAUCACUCUUUCAAUUGGUCGAACAGCUCAAAUGUGCGACGUUGCGCACACCUUCACUGUCUCUGUCAAUGUGUAGCCAUGGAGAUUUUCGUGGAUGGUUCCCGACGUUGACGCGUAACAAUCGUCACAUUUUUUAGCAGUAACUGCCAUCAAAUUCAAUGAACGUAAGUUAUAGAAGUUCAUGAUAAAGUUGAUGCUGCAGUGUGAGUUUCUUACGAAGGGAGAAAGAGGAUACAAUGGUACGAUUUUACGAGACUACUUGUCUCUUUCAAUGGGAGCAAGCUACCGAUGCAGAAUAAUAUUGCUGCGAUGCGAGAAUCGUACAAGACCAUCGCAAAGACAAGCUUUCGGUCGCGUCUUCAGCUUUAGUAUCUGAACUCAUUUCUCAUAUUCUAUGAACUGUGUGAAUGAGGUCAAGGACGCGAACGCUUGGUACUGGUUUAAGAAAGCGCUUCGACAACUACUGCACUCGAUGUGCUCGUAACCAAGUAGUAAAUUUAUAUGAAUACACCGGAGAUUCUUCUCGAGUAGAAGCUCACAGUAUUCGCGCAUACGUUGAUAUCGCAGCAUCAAAAUUGUUGAGGUAGUAAUGAAGAUUCAAUACACAAGUGGAUACCUUGCCAUAAUACAAUUCUACAUGCUUUCUAAUGACUUUAAAGACUUAAGAAUCUAGGGAAUGAGUCUGCUUCCGUGAAUCCCGUGCAAUGCCAUGAUUUUGUGUUGACAAUGCGAAUAACAGGAGUCUUAAAUUAUCCCAACUCUCGUUUAAUAUGACAAGUUCGUAUCGAAAUUUCAUCCUUACAUUUCUUCGCUACGAUAUCAGCCAAGUGAUGUAGUAACAGUACGUUUCAAAGUAAUGUGAACCGUCGUUCAUGGCCGCUAUCAGGCCAAAGAGCUCCAAUCAAGUUUGAUUGUAGGGUAGUUUAAAU